AUGAGACAAGAAAUAGAAAUUUUGAAGUCAAACAUACACACGGUACUGAACAGUAAUUUAUCGGACAUAAAAAAUUACAUUUUAGUGCCUUUCGACGAUCCGGGAUUUGGACCACCUUUAAUUUUGCAAACGGCAGACAGACUUAUGGAACUGAUGAAUAUAAUAGAGGUCAGCGGGGGAAACGAUUGCCCCGAGAAUUCAAUACCAGCUAUCGAGCAAGCGAUAUCUGUCAGCAAACCGAAUUCUUUUAUAUUCGUGUUCACCAACGGCUUUGCCAAAGACAGUAGUAAAUUGAGUUCAAUACGACAACUAUGCCAAAGUAAAAACACUCAGGUUAUAAUAUUUUUGAGCGCGAAAUGCGUACCGGUUGGUAGGGAUGCAAUUGGCAGCAUUGACACUUACUUUGAUGUAGCCAAAGCCUGUUCCGGCUCCGUUUUACAAUUUGAAUUAGGCAACUUUCGUCAGGUGUUUAAAAUCAUGAGAGAGUUAAUUAAAACCGACUGGACCGAAGUAACUGCUCAUAGGGAAUUCAUAGGAACCAAACUUUUUACAUUCACAGUUGACAAAUCUACAAAGGAUUUUAUGAUAGCGGUGUCUGGGGAUUAUCCGACGGUAAAAAUUACGGACGUCAGUGGCCAAAGUGUUCCUAUCGAAAAUAUCGCAAUAACUCGCGAUUCUCAAGUCAUUCGGCUUCAUAAACCAGCUUUUGGGGACUACAAAGCGAAUAUUCUGUGCCAAGGGCCAACUAUGACAACAUUUUAUAGAAGAAGGGAACUACAGUUUCAGUAUGGGUUUUCACCAAAGAGACCAAAAAGUAUGAGGGAGACAAGCGCCUUGCCUAUACCUGGUGCCACAAGUUUCAUUUGCAUUUCAAUAGCCGAAAUCACUAUAGAGUUGAAUUCCGUACACGUAAGUUUUGACGGAAAAAACACAAAAGCCAUUAACGUUGAGAUCAUCGAUGAUAGGAAAGGUCUGUACGCCGCGCAGGAAUUCUUCGAGCCUGGGAAAUCAUUUAAGAUAACGAUUUAUGGCCGUGACUCAUCAUUUUAUCAAGUUAUAAAAGGAACGACUGGUACUUUAAGGCCACAAAAAGAAGUGCUGGCACCUAUGCGAAUGAAACCAAAAAUACUAAUGAUCGAACCGGAAGUAGCAUUAGUGGAAUACAACAGUAACUUCACCGUGGCCUGCAAAGUUUCUGGAUAUCCAAAACCAACUAUCACUUGGCAAGACCAGGAAGGGACAACUUUGCAGUCCGAGGAUGCUCUACUAGAAACCCCCUACGUGUUUAUUAGUUAUGCCUACAUUGAACGCGUGAGUAAAAAUAGCACAAUAUAUUGCAAGUGUGAAUAUCGGGAUGACGAGGACUCUCUGACAAUGGACCUCUUCGUGAACAGGACUUUCAACUUUGAUGUCAUUAAACAUCCUGAGAACUCGACCUUUGAAUAUGGGGCAGAAGGGCAGCUGUACUGUGAAGUCGAUGCAUAUCCAGAAGCUUCUAUUAAAUGGUACCACAAUGACACACUUGUUGACGAUUCCGAUUACCUCGAGGUUCUCCCAGAUGAAAAUAAAAUUGUAAUCAAAAACAUGACCUUAGACACUACCGGUGACUACAGAUGCGAAAUUAGUAAUUCUGUUGAGGAAAAAACUUUUACCGCUAUUGUGGACAUUGAUAUAGAUCCUCCGGAAGUAUUUUUGAACUAUUCAGAGCUUGUCUUAAAACCCGGUGAUUGGGUAAAUAUCGAAUGCAUAGUGACUAAGGGUAAACCGGUGCCCGUUGCCAGCUGGAAAUUCAUGACGGAGAAUGGUUUCGAGGAGAUACCAGAUGGCGUGAGCGCCGAAGAUAGAUUUCUAAAAAUUCCCUCGAUCAAAACUGAGCAUAUGGGCGUCUACAAAUGUGAAGCGAGCAAUGUGGCAGGUUCUGACUCAAAGGAUAUUGAAAUAAAGGUUGAAUAUGCUCCCAAAAUCAAAAUUUACGAUGAGUUAAAAGAAGUGAAGCAGAGUGAGCAAGUGCAACUGUAUUGCGAAGUUGACGCUAUACCAAAAGCUCGAGUCAGAUGGGUGAUGACGCAAGGUGAUGUCAUAGUGCCUUUAAGUAAUCGACACAAAACCGACGAGUGGAACACACACAGGUUUAUCGCUCUAUCAAGUGACUCCGGCAACUACCACUGUAUCGCGGAAAAUACCGUAGGGAAAGCUGAAAGGACCAUCAUAUUGAAUGUUUUGGUGGAGCCAUACAUCGAACCUCCUCCGGUGAAAAUGAUGACACUUAGGACAGGUGAUACAGUAACAUUGCCUUGCAUUAUUAAUUACGGCAACCCCAUCCCUUCGACGAAAUGGGAAUUCAUAGCUUCAAACUCGUCCGUCACGACGAUAUCAAGGGGAAAAUCUACAUCGAAUCUAAUUUUAAAAAAUUUAUCGAGAAGACAUGAAGGGUCAUAUAUAUGUGUUGCUGAAAAUACAGCUGGUUCAGAUAGUAUAAACAUCAUUGUAAAAGUUAUA